CACAGGCACACACCCUCUACUUGCAGCUGGGAAAGUUUUGUUUUGGCACAAAUGUGUCCGGAGAGGAUAGAGUGUGUGGUCUCAGUGCUCAGCUGGUCCAGCAUUUGGAGAGACAGUGCAAACUCACAGAGCUUUCACAGCACUGCUCAGAGAAAAGCGGGAGAGUCCGCUCUGGAUGAUGGGGAAGAUGCAAUGGGGUCUGUACAGGAUAUUUUUCUUAGUGACUUUAAUGUUGCAACUUGGAUGGAUAAACGUUGGUUACUGCUUGCACAGAGAGGGUGGCAGCAGGGGUGGGAGGAGACAUUGGGAGAGGCAGGUCCAAUCAUCCUCCAGUUUGGACGAGCUACUGAGACUCACGGAUUUUCCUGACUGGAAGCUGUGGAAGUGUCGUAUGAGGUUGCAGCCGCCACAGGUUCCCAGAGAGGUUUUCUCCUUUCCACCUAUGGUUGGUUCACACCGCUCCACACGCUAUGCUGCAGAAUCUUACAGCCUGGAAAUACUUAAAGCCAUAGAUGAAGAGUGGCAGCGUACUCAGUGUAUGCCUAGAGAGACGUGCAUCGAUGUGGCCAAGGAGCUGGGCACUGACCCCUCAGUUUUCUUCAAGCCACCCUGUGUGUCUGUCUAUAGGUGUGGUGGUUGUUGCAACCAAGAGGGCAUCACCUGCAGGAAUACAUCUACUGUAUAUGUGAAUAAAACAGUUUUCAGUAUAAUCCCUUUUAAAUUUGUGCCAGAACCAAUGCUGAUAAAAGUAGCAAAUCAUACUGCAUGCAGAUGCAUGGAGCCUGCAAUAAUUCGACGUAACGCGCAGCAACACAGGAGCAGUGGCUGCCCUCUGAUGGGACAGAUCUUGGAAGCAAAGGACUCCAGGAGACUUUGUGCCAGUGGGUGGAUUUGGGAUUUUUCAAGUGAAAGAUGCAUACCUUACCCCUUCAGUGCUCCAGAGUUUCCCCUCAGUUCCUGGAUGUCCGACUGUGAGAUAGACGCAGAGCGCUGUGAAUGUCUGCCUAGACCUGAGCCGAUUCUGCAGCCCAGACCCCUCUAAUCUAAGGUCUUCCAUGGACAUCCACAGAAAACAAAGUUUUCAUAAAGCCUCAUGCAGUAGCUUCAUCUGGCCUGUUUCUCUUUGACUGUGGGAUCAUCCUGGAAAGAAAUAUCAGCAGAGCUGCUGCCAUCAACACCUCCAAUUAUAAAUGAUAGAGCUGGGCCUGUUUUUCAGAGCUUAGUCCUGUUGUCUCCUAGAAAUCCUAUGGGUUCAGCUUUUAAAUUGACCAACUUUAUGUGCUCUCUUCCAUCUCUUUUGGCAUUAAAAUUGCUCCAGAGCUCAUCUGCUUAACCGUUGUCUUUUAUAAACGGAGCCACCUAUGGAGCUAGUUUAGUUACACAAACAGUAUAAAGGAUAAGUGCUCCUACGUUCCUUUUUAUGUCUCUGUGUCUGUCUCCUUAAACCCCCAGUCAGCCUCAGCUUACACUGAGCCUGGUUCUCCUGGAUGUUUUUCCUCUCCAUUUUCGCUAAAUGAAUGCUUGGUGUGAGGGACUGCUGGACAGUUAACACAAUGAAAGCACAUUUCUACUAUUGCCCCAUUACUCAUCUAAAAGAAGUAAAUCCCCCAAUGGCAGUGACUCGAUGCAAUCCAUUGUUUUUUCCUAGACUUAAAAUUUUUAACCUGUUUGACUGUUUGACUGGAUUGAACUGUCUCUGUAAAAUGGCUUAGACCAGAAGUCUUCAACAGUGGGACCGCGACCCCUAGGGGGUCCACAGAGGUACUGCAUGGGGGUUUCGAAAGUUUUGGUUCAUUAUACAAUUUUUUUUUUUUUUAUUAUC